GGCGAUUCCAGGUGAGGUUUGGAUCGUAAAUUAUCAUGUUAAGUCGAUUUUGAGUUAAUCUCAGGUUAAUUCAAAGUUAUAUUUGGAUAUAAGAUUUCUUGAGUCAAAAUAGCUCAAAAAUAAUUCAAUUUCAAAUAAAUUGUCAAGUUUGUUAAUUUAUUUAUUUAUUUAUUUUUUUAUUAUAGAGCGGGCCUAUACAAGACUAGCGGUAAAAAACACUGUACAUGAAUGUAUAUAAAUCUUCAAUGUCCCGUAAAAAAAAAAAAAAAAAAAAUCUUCAAUGUCUACAUAAUCAACUGACAAACAUUAUCUAAAUGCAAAAACUGGAUAGUACUUUUCCCCAUUAAAAAAUAUAAUUAACUAAAUUUAAAAUUAAGUUUAUUCCAUGUUAAUCUCCAUCAUACCUCCCAAAACUCCUCAUUUCUCAAUUUCCUCUCUUUUUUCUGCUCCUACUUUCUACCAGAUUCACCGACCAACCCCUUUUCUGGUUGCCGGAAAAUCUAGAUCUUCUCGCCGGAAACCUCACCGGAAACGCCUUGAAGCUGACAUGUCAGUCUCCAUUCCGGUGCCGCCGGUCACCACCCACCGCCGCGAUAAGGAUGACGACCCAUUUUCUGCUUCCGCAAAUGAUUCAAGAGAAGGAGAUUUCUUAACAGCUGAAGCAGAGAAUGAGGCAUCUUCAAGUAAAUUAUUAGUUAAACGCAAGAUCAAAUCUAAGAGCUGGUUUAGCUGUUUUGGUGUGGACAUGUCACCAGAUACAAUUGCUGUUGCCAUGGUUUACUUUGUUCAGGGUGUUUUAGGCCUCUCACGGCUUGCUGUCAGUUUUUAUCUGAAAGAUGAUUUGCAUCUAGAUCCUGCAGAGACAGCUGUCAUAUCUGGGUUCUCUUCAUUCCCAUGGCUUGUUAAGCCUCUUUACGGAUUUAUAAGUGAUUCAAUACCUCUUUUUGGAUAUCGAAGAAGAUCAUAUUUGGUACUGUCUGGCCUUCUUGGUGCAUUUUCCUGGACUUUGAUGGCUACUAUGGUUGACAGCAAAUACAGUGCUGCUUGCUUCAUACUUCUUGGAUCUCUAUCAGUCGCCUUUUCUGAUGUUGUUGUAGAUUCCAUGGUUGUAGAGAGAGCUCGUGGUGAGUCACAAAGUAUCUCAGGUUCUCUGCAGUCAUUGUGUUGGGGAUCUUCAGCAUUUGGGGGUAUUGUGAGUGCCUAUUUUAGUGGCUCUUUGGUGGAUGCUUAUGGUGUGAGAUUUGUUUUUGGCGUCACUGCAUUGCUUCCUCUAAUCACUUCUGCAGUUGCUGUUCUGGUUAGAGAACAACGGGUACUUGGGCCAGUGUGGGAUUAUAGUCGUAGUGCUGGAGGGCCCAGUUUACGAGAAAGCUUUCACCAGAGUGUUGUGCAGUUGUGGGAUGCUGUCAAGCAACCAAGAGUGUAUUAUCCUACCUUAUUUGUAUUUCUUUGGCAGGCAACACCUCAGUCGGAUUCUGCUAUGUUCUACUUCACAACAAAUAAACUUGGUUUUACCCCUGAAUUUCUUGGGCGGGUGAAGCUUGUAACUUCUGUUGCAUCGCUGCUUGGUGUUGGCCUCUAUAAUGGUUUUUUGAAGAAAGUUAAAUUGAGGAGUAUAUUUUUGGCAACAACUAUUGCUGGAACUGCUCUAGGAAUGACACAGGUUUUCCUUGUAACUGGGCUGAAUCGCCAGUUAGGUAUCAGUGACGAGUGGUUUGCUGUGGGAGAUUCCCUAAUCCUCACUGUUCUUUCUCAGAUUUCAUUUAUGCCUAUCCUUGUCUUAGCUGCGAAAUUAUGUCCGGAAGGAGUUGAAGCUACUUUGUUUGCUACAUUGAUGUCUAUAUCAAAUGCUGGAAGUGUCUUAGGUGGCUUGAUUGGUGCUGGAUUGACCCAGGUCUUUGGUGUCACUAAGGACAGAUUUGAUCAUUUGGCUGCCCUCAUUAUCCUAUGCAACCUUAGCUCAUUGUUGCCCUUACCACUUCUCAGCUUUCUUCCUGCCGAUGAUUUUGAUGAGAAAACCAAUGAUGAGAGCGACAUUGAAAUGAAAUCUAAUUGAACCCUCCUCAAUCAAUAUGUUGUAUUCAGUUGAAGCAGUCGCAUGCAGAAGUCGUUUGUUGCUCAUUGCUUGAGCCUUAGGCAAUAGUGUUUAGCUGCUAUGCUGCAUGACACAAGAUGCCCUUUUCCAAGCAGCUGCUGUUUCUUUUGCCAAGUAGCUGUUGCUUUCUGCAUUGAAGACGGAAUUCAUCUCUCCGAUGGUCUAACACCUCAGGAUUCAGUGAAAGAAUUCACACAGAUAAUUGUGAUGUGCAGAAUAUUUCAGUUGACGUUAGGAUUCUUAAUAUAGUUUUACGGAUACAAUUCACUGUAUAAAACAAUUGAUACUCUUGAUUAAGUCACUUGAAUUCUUUGAAACUAUAAGCAUAUACUAAUGGCGAUGUUGCCCCUUCGUUAUGAUGGCAUUUUCUACGCACCGAGAACUGUUCUAGAAAAUAAGAAAAACAUUAAUAUUGUGUACUGUAAUUAAAAAUUAAGGGAAAAAUUUUCUUGUAUUUUGGUCGGGUAUAUGUGUUCAUGCAUAAAACUAGAUCUAUAUCCAUGUGUUGUGUGCAUUAAUUUUAAUAAUUCUCUAUUUCAACUUGAUAAAAAAAAAAAAAAAAGAUUAUAAACUCAAAAAUUUCGAAAUUUGAUACAAUAAAUCUAAGCAAAAUUAAAUAAAAACAUGAAACAUAUCAUCCACACACCCAAUUUUCGAAAUUUGACAUAUCCUCUAAUUAAGUUUAAUUCAUAUAUGUCAGGUUUUAUACUGUUAAUUAAUUUAAAAAAAAAAAAUUAAAAUUGAACAUUUUAGGAGGAUAUCACCAUCUCCCCUAAUCUUUAAGCAUAAAAAAUGUACAAGUAUGUCUUCUUUUGCAUCAUUUCUUUUAAUUAGGGUAGAUUAGGUGAAGAUUCUAAUGGGCUAAAAUCCCAGCACUAGUCAACCUAAUUUGAGUUAAUUUUGCAUCAUUUUUGUUCAUAGAACUUUGCUCUUUCUUUGUUUCCAACAAAAAAAAAAAAC